UUAGUGUAUUUUAUGGAAUAAAAUGCAUUUUUAUGAAUUAUUUAAUAUACAUGAAUUAUUAAUAUAAAUAAAAUAGAUGAUAAAGAAAUAGCUAAUCAUAAAAUAUGUUUAACAUUCACAAAAAAUAGUAUCAAAUAAAUCAUUUAAAUUCUUACAAAUAAAAAAAAUGUUAAAUUCAGUUAAAAAAUUUAAUUUUAAUGUAAUUGGUAAAGCAGUUAAAGUUUCUGAGUUACGAGUAUAUAACUGUAAUUUUUUCAAAGCUAACAUAUGUUCAUCAUUAAUAUUAAGAAAAAAGCGUAAAACUAAGGAGGAAAAAAAAUUAGUUACACCACACAUUUUUGAAAUUAAACCAAAGGAAAAUAAAGUUAUCGAUAUUUGGAAAUAUAUGACUAUAUCUGAUCUAGCAAAAGCUACUGGAAUACCAAUUGAUAAUGUAUUGGAUAUCAUGGAGUAUGUAGAGGACUCUGAAAUUUAUUCAAAACCUGAAAGUAGGUUUGAAAACUUAUCUUUACUUCGACAAGUUGUAAAAAAAUGUGGAUAUAAAUGUAGAAUGGUGUCUAAUCCUAACACGAUAAUCAAGUCAAGAGAUUAUCAACCUAAAGAUGCUUUUAAAAGACCUCCAGCUUCAUACACCUCUACAAUAUGCAGACAUCCUGUUGUCACAAUAAUGGGUCAUGUAGAUCAUGGAAAAACUACUUUAUUAGAUAAACUGAGAAAUUCUUCUAUUGCAAAAUCUGAAUUUGGUGCCAUUACUCAGCAUAUUGGAGCUUUUCCAGUUAUAUUAGAGAAUGGAAAAAAAAUAACUUUUUUGGAUACACCUGGGCAUGCUGCUUUUGCUACAAUUAGAAGUCGGGGUGCUCAAGUUACAGAUAUUGUAGUAUUAGUAGUUGCUGCUGAUGAUGGUGUAAUGGAACAAACUAUAGAAUCUAUAAGAAUGGCGAAGAAUGCUAAAGUGCCUAUUAUAGUAGCGAUUAAUAAAAUAGACAAGCCAACGGCUAAUAUAGAACGUUGUAAGAAAAUGCUACAAACUCAAGGGGGACUUGAUCUAGAAGAAUUUGGUGGAAGUGUUCAAGUAGUACCCAUAUCUGCUUUACAUGGAACAAAUUUUGACAACUUAAUUGAAUCUAUUUUAACCCAAGCAGAAAUUUUGGAUCUUCGUGCUGAUCCUAAUCCUCCAGCUGAAGGUGUCAUUAUAGAAUCAAAAGUUGAUUAUAGUAGAGGGAAAAUUGCUACAGUUCUUAUUCAGCGUGGUAAACUUCUAAAUCAUAGUAUACUUGUGGCUGGUACUACAUGGGGAAAAGUUAGAGCUAUGUUAGAUCACACAAAUAAAGUAAUUCAAGAAGGAAAUCCAUCAGAUGCAGUUCAAAUUCUAGGAUGGCGAGAUUUACCACAAUCUGGCCAAGAAUUUUUACAAGUUUCCUGUGAGAAACGAGCACGUGAAGUAGUUGAAUAUAGAAUUCAAAAGACAAUUGAAGAAAAACAAAAGGAGGACAGUAUUCAAAUACAAUCUAAAAUAGAAGAACAUAAUAAAGAUUACAAAACUCACCUUGAAGAAAAAAGAAAAUCUGGAAUUUACAGAAGAAGAAAAUUUAGUACUAUGUAUCAAGAAAAACAGAUAGAAAAUAAAAAAAAUAAUAAUAAAGAAGAUAUUUACCUAAGUAUUAUUAUUAAAGGUGAUGUCAUAGGAUCUGUAGAAGCAAUUUUAGAUGUAUUAGAUACUUAUGAAAGUAAUUUAUGUAAACUUGACAUUGUUCAUUAUGGAAUUGGUAAUGUUAGUAUAAAUGAUAUAGAAUAUGCUGAUGCUUUUAAAGCUAUAAUUUAUGCAUUUAAUGUUGAAACAUUGAGGGAUGCAUUUGAAAUAGCAAAACAGACGGGUAUCACUAUUAAACAACAUAACAUUAUCUAUAAGUUAAUUGAUGAUAUUAAAGAAGAAAUAAACAAUUGUUUACCUCCAAUUAGUGUGGAAGAUGUACAAGGCGAAGCUGAUGUGUUACAAGAAUUUCUAAUAAAUGAAAAUAAGAAAAAAGUUCCUGUUGCAGGUUGUAGAUGUACUAGUGGGACUUUAAGAAAAAAUGCUCUGUUUAAAGUUAUUAGAAACCCUGACACUGUAGUCUAUCGUGGUAAAUUAUCAUCAAUGCGACAUUUGAAAGAUGAAGUAGCUGCAGUAAAAACAAACAUGGAAUGUGGUCUUCGACUAGAAGACACUAGUAUUAGGCUUAGUCCUGGGGACAAGAUAAUAUGUUACACGCUAAGAGACCAACAACAAAAUAUAGACUGGGAAACUGGUUUUUAAACAAAUGAACUGUGAUCUUUGUUUUCAUACUUUUUAGAAUUGUUAACUAUUAAAUUUUUGUAAAUUAUAUAUGAAAAAUAUAUAUAUAAAUUUAUUUAUUUAUUUAUAUAGGAUUAAAUAGGAUAAAUGUAAAAAAGUGAGGUAAAUUAAAAUAUAUUUUUAAA